GACUUGUUUUAUUAUUAAAAUUAUUUUAGCAUGGCUUUAACAAAAUAUUUUUUGUAUAUUUAUAAUAUAUUUUUAAUAAGAUUGAAUUCGGAGGGAGUAUUCGGCGUCAACUGUGAACCGUUUGUACAUAAGCGCGCCGCGCCCGUCUUUCGUCGAUUUGGUCCCACCCGUCAGUGCUCCGACACCCGACGAACGAAAGAAAUACUCGCUCCCUAUCAGAGAUUAAGAGGAAGACGACCCCGCCUCCUCUCGUGACGCGAGCAACCUCUCCUCUCAUCGCCGGCUCGUCCUCUGCUCCUCGCCUCCCGAUCCCCGACCCACACGCGUCAGACGAGAGGCGGCUUGCACGCGGGAAUGAAGGGAGGUGGCGUCAUCAGGGCCGCCGGCGGAGGCGCCGGCGGCGUGGGUCUUAUGCGGACGCGGCUGCGGCUGCCCGUGGUGCUCCUCUCCUGCUCCCUCUUCUUCCUUGCCGGUUUCUUCGGCUCGCUCCUCUUCACCCAGGAUCCGGAGGACGCGGACAUGCCGGUGCGGAGGGAGCGGCUGCUGGAGGCGGCGUUGCCCGAGAUGCCCUUCGGCGAGUCCGGCGAGGCUGCGCCGUCCUUGAUCCCAUACCAGAUUUUGAGCUGGCAGCCUCGUGCAUUGUACUUUCCACAAUUUGCGACAUCAGAACAGUGUGAAAAUAUAGUAAAAACUGCAAAGGAAAGACUUGCACCAUCAACGUUAGCCCUGAGGAGAGGAGAAACUACAGAGAGUACCAAAGGAAUCAGGACAAGUUCGGGAACAUUCCUCAGUGCCAAUGAAGACCCAACUGGAACCCUUGCAGAAGUUGAGAAGAAGAUUGCAAGGGCUACCAUGAUACCCAGAAAUCAUGGGGAGCCCUUUAAUGUCCUGCGGUAUGAGAUUGGACAAAGGUAUGCUUCACAUUAUGAUGCAUUUGACCCUGCCCAGUAUGGUCCACAAAAAAAUCAAAGGGUAGCGUCUUUCUUGCUUUAUCUCACGGAUGUCGAAGAAGGGGGAGAAACAAUGUUCCCAUAUGAGAAUGGGGAGAAUAUGAAUAUAGGCUAUAACUAUGAAGACUGCAUUGGCCUAAAGGUAAAACCAAGGAAGGGUGAUGGACUCUUGUUUUACUCCCUUAUGGUAAAUGGCACCAUUGACCCGACUUCUCUUCACGGUAGCUGCCCCGUGAUCAAGGGCGAGAAAUGGGUUGCCACAAAAUGGAUUAGAAGCAAUACAGUGUAGAGAUCGAGAGGCUCAAGGGUUAAGACGCCCUCCAAAAGAGAUCAUACGCACAUAUACUAACAAUUUUUGUACUUAUUGAAUUGUCGUGGACAUUGAUGGAAUAGUUAAAAGAAAGUGUAGCCAUUCUGUUUGCAUUGUGUCAAUAUAUACUUAUAGCGUUACAAGUUACAAGUGACA